AUGGCGGCGGCGCUGCUGACGCCGACGCAGCGCUACGCCGCGGGGGCGCUGCUGGCGCUCGCGCUCCGCCAGGCGCAGAUCCACCAGUCCGUCCUCCUCGGCUCCUCCCCCGCCACCGCCGCCGCGGACGAGGAGGAGCGCGUCAGCAGCGCCAGCGGCGGCAGCGGCAGCGGCAGCAGCAGCUCCACCGGCGGCAGCGGGGAGGACGCCGAAGCCGCCGCCAAGGCGCUCUGGACGCACGACUCCCGCGGCCUCCUCCGCCCCGUCUUCAGGUUCCUGGAGAUCGACCCGGCGGCGUGGCCGGGGCUGGAGGAGACGGCGGCGUCGCCGGAGGCCAAGCACCACAUCGGCGCGUUUCUGAGGAUGAUCUUCCAACAAGACGGCGAGAGCUCUUCGGAUAGCCAGGACCAGGAACACGCCUUGGCCAAAGGAGUUGAUGCCAUGGUGAUGAGCUUGAGCAGUGACACUGCAAAGGAUGAAACAACCAAAGAGGGUGAUCCUCAGAGAAAGGCUUCUACUAGUUCUGGCAUGGCUGAAUCCUCAGAGAAAGGCUUCCCCGCUGAGGACUUGCUGGGAAUCGAUAACUUGUCCCUGGAUGAUGUGCCUGCUACCCAUCACCGGAAGAUGACGCUGCUGUUUACGCUCCUCUCUGCCUGUGUGGCUGAUAAGCCCGUAUCGCAAGAGGAAGACGACAGGAAGUCCUCUCACUUCAGGAAGGGCUACGACGCCCGGCAUCGGGUCGCCCUUCGGUUGCUGGCAACUUGGCUUGAUGUGAAGUGGGUCAAAAUGGAAGCCAUCGAGGUUAUGGUCGCAUGCUCUGCUAUGGCAGCAGCAAAAGAACAAGAACAGUCAGGAGAGAACGCAACACCCAAAAGCAAAUGGGCGAAAUGGAAGCGUGGAGGAAUCAUCGGUGCAGCUGCAUUGACCGGAGGAGCAUUACUGGCUAUUACUGGGGGUUUAGCUGCUCCAGCAAUUGCUGCAGGAUUUGGUGCUCUUGCUCCAACGCUAGGAACAAUUAUACCUGUUAUCGGAGCUAGUGGAUUUGCUGCUAUGGCUACUGCUGCGGGAUCUGUUGCUGGCUCUGUGGCCGUGGCUGCAUCAUUUGGGGCUGCUGGAGCUGGCUUGACGGGCACCAAAAUGGCCAGAAGGAUUGGAAGUGUAAAAGAAUUUGAGUUCAAACCGAUUGGUGAGAACCAUAAUCAGGGUCGUCUUGCGGUUGGCAUCUUGGUUUCUGGAUUUGCUUUUGAUGAGGAGGACUACAUUAGACCUUGGGAAGGAUGGAAGGAUAACCUAGAAAGGUAUAUUCUUCAGUGGGAGUCUAAGCAUAUAAUUGCUGUGAGUACAGCAAUACAAGAUUGGCUGACAUCAAGACUUGCUUUGGAACUGAUGAAGCAAGGCGCGAUGAGAACAGUCCUAAGUGGCUUUCUGGCAGCAUUUGCAUGGCCUGCUACUCUGCUUGCAGCUACGGAUUUUAUCGAUAGUAAAUGGUCCGUUGCUAUCGACAGAUCAGACAAGGCAGGGAAAAUGCUUGCUGAAGUACUUAUGAAGGGGUCCCAAGGGAACAGGCCUGUUACCCUCGUUGGGUUUUCACUAGGGGCUCGUGUCAUAUUCAAGUGUUUACAGGAGCUUGCUUUGUCAAGCGACAAUGAGGGACUCGUCGAGAGGGUCGUGCUCCUAGGUGCACCUGUUUCAGUCAAAGGCGAGAAAUGGGAACCCGCUAGGAAGAUGGUUGCUGCAAGGUUUGUGAACGUGUACUCGAAAGAUGACUGGAUUCUGGGCGUCACCUUCCGUGCAAGCCUGCUCACGCAAGGAUUGGCUGGGAUACAGGCCGUCGAUGUCCCUGGCGUCGAAAACGUUGAUGUUACCGAGCUUGUGGAUGGGCAUUCUUCGUACCUGUCGGCGGCGCAGCUGAUCCUCAAGCACCUGGAACUAAACACCUACUAUCCUGUCUUCGUCCCACUAACAGCGGCAGUUAGCAAGUAG